AACUUAAUACGAGCAGCAGCAGCUCACUAAAUCAGUCAGUUUCUUUUUAAGCUUCGCCUCAAUUGGACGUUUUCGCAAGGACUUGGUCCCGUUGACUGGUCACCUGCCAGCAAUAAACUCGCAUUCCAUUUGACAUUUCGGUAAUUUUGCACACGCUGUAAAUAUUUGGUGCACAAGAAGGAGCAAAAACAAAAACAAAGCGAAAAUCAGAAAAAACAAAGCAAAAAAGUAGAAGAAAAAUCAAAGUCAAAGCGCAAAAGCACUCAAUAUAAAUAUUAUAUGAGAACAGUACAAUAAAAAGCUGCAACAAAAACGCGCUUUGUGGCAAAUGAAAGAAAUCAGGGUCACGCAUGGGCGAGAAAAAAGUGAGUUGGCAGGCAAGCAGGUCCUUAAAACCAGAGUAGGAAAAGUACUCAACACACAUUGUAAAGCGAUAUAAGCAACUACACAUAUAUACCUAUCCAAAACAGCAGCCAACAAAAGCACCACAAAUGCACAGUUACUUGUGUAAAGUAAAUAACUGCAACUAAAAAAGUGCAACGAAAACAAAAACAAACCAUCUAACGGUCAGUGAAUACGAUCAAUGCCAAGUAUAAGAAAAACGAAAAUCAAAUAAUAACAGAGAAGUGCGAGCACAGAAAGGCAAACUAAAGUAACAAAAAAAAGCAAAAGUAUCAAAUGAACAACAAUUUGUAUGGAAGGAAUGUCUGUCUGUCUGUCGCCGUUUGUGUGCGCAUUGUUGUGGCAUAUAAUUUAUAGAAAUUGAAUAAUUUAAAGUGUGUAGGCAGUUGUGCGGAUGGCGGAGUGUGCAUUAAAAAGCAACACAAACACCAACACACAGACACAUACAUACAUAUAUGCAGCAGCAAUAACGAUAGUUGAGGCAGCAACAACAAUAAUAGUUGAGGCAACAACUUAAGUGCAGCAACAACAAUAGUAGAACAAUCAUACGCCCAGUCACACCUCAGCGCCAUUUAAGAAGCUGUGCGCGCCAGGGCGACACUUCCACAGUGUCUUGACGAACGAAUUCCACGCAUAACAAGCACACUGCUGUCGUUUAAUGAGAUUUACGGUAUUUAAAUUGACACUUGUGCAGCUAGAAAAAUUAUAUAAUAUGUUUAUACAUACAUAUAUGAACAUUAUAAUAAAAAAGAGUGCCACUUGAAGUUAAAAAAAAUUAAAAUCGAAUAAAAAAUUAUAAAAUAUGUAUAUAAAUAAGCAAGAAAAAAAAAUUAAUGAAUUAUAUAAUAAAUUUCUUAUAUUAAAAAGUUAAAAAAAAUCUAUAAAUUCUAUACAAAGAAUUUCGUGCUAAUUCCCCUCACUGUGAUAUAACUUAUGCAGCAGAACAUAACCUACAAAAAAAAAAAAUUCAACUUAAAUACAAACAAACUACUUUUAGUACCUUAAUAACAUAAUAAAGGCAACAUUUGAGCGCGCCCACAUAUUUACUAACAUACAUAUGUACAUACAAAUAUAUAAAGCAUAUGUGUAUAAAAUUAUAUAAACUAUAUAAAAGAAGAAACUGACAACCACUCGACUUUUAUGCGCAAUUUGUCGUUUGAUUAUAUCUUACAAACACACAACAACACAAAGCACUCCCACACAUAAGCAUUGUUCAGCUCCGUGUGACGAAAAAAAUAGCAAAAAAAAGUGGAAAGUGGAAAUAGAAUAGAAUAGCAGUAAAUUUCCAUAUUAAACAUCACCAGUGCAAGUCACUUUUAAGUGGCGCCCCCAGCUAACAGCGGCAGUCUCCAGUGUCGUCGAGCGCAAGUGAGCAGGCACUUCACUUCACCUCUCAUCGCCGAGGAAUCGCAAAACUUGUUGCCGGAAACUUGUCGUGGUGCGGAUAAGGACAAUGGAGUCGCAACACAAAUCGGUUUUCAUGCUACUCUUCACUCUAUGCCUUACAUUAAGCGCUGCCCUCGAAGAGGACUGCAUUGAUUUCCAGGGCAAUUCCGUUAAUCAUGGCAUGCUGUAUGUGCCCGGACCGGGCGUCUGCAGUCUAUGUGUCUGCUAUCACUCAGAGCCGCUUUGGUGCAAGGCCAUCUACUGUGAUCCACCCUAUUUCUGUAAAAAUUUCCGUGUAGGCGAGCGCUGUUGUGAGUUCGAGUGUUUAGAUCCGCCCGGAGAGGAUAAUAAAUAUCAGGAACGCAUGCGAAAGCGGGCGGAAAUACUGGCUGGCAAUAGCACUGCAUCGAUGCAUCGCAUCACUCCACUCGCCGUCUCCACCAUAGUGUUUACAGUUAUAACAAAUAGCUUUUUGAAUUUAUAACUUCAAGCGAAAGGCGAAAUCACAGAUGGUGGUUGGUGGUGGUGAAGCGCGGAAGAGGUGUUGAGAGCAAAAUGUGGCGAAACAAAGUAGAAACGGAAAGCGCCUUAUUCGUGUGUCUGUCGCUGUGUGUGUGUCUGUAGAGUAGUAGAGCAGGAAGUCGCUGUCGGUGGUGGUCUAACAAAUUUUUGCGCAAAAAUUCGCGCAUAUUUACUAAGCUAUAGUACGUGCUAGCAUAUAUGUACAUACAUACAUAAAUAUUUAUGCAAGUAUAUGAAUUUAGCACAUUUUUUUACAUACUUCAAUAUAACAAUAAAUUAGAGCAGAGGGUAAAAACAAGCUUCGUGGGAAAAUUAUGAAAAAUUUAUUAAUAAAAAAUAAUAAAAACUGAAUAUUAAAAAACAAAAUUAAUAUAAGAAAAUUAAAAUAAUUGAAAUGAAAAAAUAAAUAAUAAAAAAAUUUAAAAUAAAAAAUAUAAAAUAAUGAAAAAUUGUAAAUAAAUGUAAGAAAAUCAUAAUAAUUAAAAUGAGAAAAUAAACAAUAAAUACAAAAAGAUUUAAAAUAAUUAAAAUGAAAAAAUUUAAUUUAAAUAAUGAAAAUAAAUAAUUUUAAAUUUUCAAAUAAAUAAAUUAAUAUAUUAAAAAUCAAUUAAAGAUUGUUAAUAAAUAAAAAGUAAUAAUAAAUAUAAGAAAAAAGAAUUAAAAUAAAAAAAUAAAUAAUAAGUAAUAAAAAAAUGUAUAAUAAUUAAAAUGAAAAAAAUUAAAAUAAUGAAAAUGAAAAAGUUUCAUUAUUCAAAUAAAUGAAUUGAAAUAAUAAAAUUAAAAAUUUUAAAGGAAAGAAAUUAAAAAUAUUAAAAAAAUUAAGAAGAAAAUAUAAAAAUAAACUGUAAAUAAAAAUAAUUAUUGAAUACACUAAAAUUAUAAAAAAAAUAUAUAAAUUUAUGAAAUAAAUAAUAAAUAAUAAAUAAUUAAAAUAAAUAAAAAAAUUAAAAUAAUGAAAAUGAAAAAUUUUAGAUAUUCAAAUAAAUAAAUCAAAAUAUUAAAAUUGAAAAUUGUAAAGAUUAAAAAUAUAUAAAAAUAUAAGAAUAAGUGAAAAUAAAAAUAAAUUUUGAAUACAUAAAAUUAUAAAACACAUAAAUCUGGGUAAAUGUGUGAAAAAAUAAAAAAAUACCAAAAUAAAUCUAAGAAAAUGGAAAUAAUUUAAAUGAAAAAAUUAAUAAAAAAAAAAAUUUAAAUGAAAAGUUUUAAAUAUUCAGAUAAAUAAACUAAAAAUUUAAAAGAUAAAAGAAAAUUAAAAACCUUUAGAAAAAUUAAGAAAAAAUUAUAAAAAAAGUGAAAAUAAAAAUACAUAGUUUUUGAAUAUAUGAAAACUAUAAAAAUAUAUAAAUCCGGGCAAAUUUGUGAAAAAAUAAAAUUUAGCAAAAUUUAAUAAAAACUACAAUAUGUACAUAUGACUCCUGCGUAGUUAUAUUUGUAAAUACUUAUGUAGGUCAUGUAAAUAUAUAUACAUACAUGUACAUAAAAAAUUAAUUAAUUAAAAAAAAAAAAUUAAAACAAUAAUAUAAAAAUAUCUUUAAUGCAAACUGAUAAUAAUUUUGAAAAUCUAGAAAUUUACUGCAAUUAUAUAAUUCAACUAUAGCUAAAACUGAUGCAGGUGUAUAUAGACCAAUGAACAAUAUAUGCCAGGUUCUCAUUUUCAAACUAAUAUUGACAUACAUAUGUACAUAUAGAUAUACCAAUAUUAACAGCUCGAUAAUAUACAUAUAUGUAUGCAACUCACAAGGAAAUAAAUUUAACGAAAAAUAAGUAAGAGACAAAAAUUUAUAAAAAAUAAAUUUAAAUAUAUAAUUAUAAUAAAAAAAUUAAAUUAAAAAUUAAAAAAUAAAUAAAUAAUCAUAAUAAUUAAAUAUUUUCAAACAUUUCUAACCAAAAAUAUUUAAAAACAAAAAUUAAAAAAAAAUUAAUAAAUAGCAAUAAAAAAAUAAAUUUAAAAAAAUUAAUAAAAAAUAAAAACAAAAUUAAAUUAAAAUAAAAAAAAUAAAUAAAUGAUAAUAAUAAUUAAAUAUUUUCAAACAUUCCGAACAAAAAUAAUAAUAAUGCAAAAAAUUUACAUUUCCAGGCAUUUAUGGCCUUUUGAAAUUAUUGUAGCCAUACUGAAAAAAAAUUCUACACAUUUUUAAGCAAAAAUAAAAAAAAUUCUUAUUUUUAGAACAUCAACAAUUUAAUUUUUUCUACCUUUUCAUUUCCCUAGUAGUCUAGAGCAACAUAUCUACUUCAAUGACUUGCAAGUGAAACCAAAAUAAAAUCAUUUAUAGUAUAUACAACAAGAGUAUGUGUGUAUAACAUAGCACAACAUGACAAAUAUCAUUUACGACAUAAAAACAUUUUUAAUUGGUGCUAGUGAAGAAAUUUUAAUAAAAUUUGGAUGAAAAAAGAUUGAUUGGGCAAAAUGAACAUAUUCAGCAAUUUUGCAUACAUAAAUACACACACUUACAUACAUAUAUAAUUGCAUAGUACAUACUUGCACACAUAUACAAUGUACAUAGUACACAAAAUUUACCGAUAAAUUGUACUUUUAUGCAUGCAUACUUGUAAAAAUUACAAAUCUACUUGCAUAUACAUACACACAAACAUACAUAUAUGCAAGAUUGAAAAUAUUUGUACAUAAAAUGUACAUAUUUGGUAGCUUUGAAUUCUUAGGUAAAUGCUUUUAAGGCAUUAAAAACACCAAUCUUUACAUAACCUAAUUAUAAUAAUAUAAUUCCACAAAACACUAAAAAGAUAUAAAUAUAUAUAUACAUGCAUAUAAAUAAAUAAUAAAUCCGAUUUUAGUAAGCAAAAAUAUAUUUAUAAGCAGGGGAGGGCGUUUACAUUUAUAGACAAAUAUUUAGAAUGUAGCGGUAAUGGCUUUGAAAACUGUUAAUUUUAAUUAUAUAACAAUUGUAAAAUUAUAAAUCUCAAUAACACACAAAUAAAAGUAUGACUAAAACGAA